AUGAUUCACACUUUAUCCCUUAAAUCUUCUAUUCCUUUGAGUUCUUUUACUCUUACUGAUUUGAACUUCAAUAGGGGAAGGAAACUCAAGCCAGGUUUUGUUUUUUCCAUUUCUCGAAAUGCUACAACAACUCUUGGUGUUUUUCAAUGUACAGCUAGUAGUUAUUAUGGGAGUCUAGUGUUUUCUAGAAAGAGUCAUAUUAGAGAUUUAGCUCCACCUUUAGGAUGGAAAUUGAAUGAAGUUAAUAUUCACACUGACCUUGAUGAGGAGAAGAAUGAUUCUAUUGAUGACAUGAUCACUUUGAAUUCGAAUUCGAAGAAUUCGGAGAGUUAUGAUGAGCAAAAACUGAAUGGUGGUGAUGAUAAUGACGAUGAUGUUGAGGAAGGUGAAAUGAAAGAGUUUGAUGUUAAGAUUGAUGUUAGAGAACUUGCUAUUAGUUUGCAGAGUGCUAAGACUGUGGAGGAUGUUGAGGAGAUUCUUAAGGACAAGGGUGAUUUGCCUCUUCAGGUGUAUUCGACAGUCAUUCGAUGGUUUGGUAAAGAGAAGAGAGUGAAAUCCGUGAUGGUUCUUUUUGAUUGGAUGAAGAAGAGGAAGAUUGAGACUAAUGGCGCUUUUUCGCCUAACGUUUUUAUAUAUAAUUGUUUGUUAGGUGUAGUUAAGCAGUGUGAGAAAUUUGCGGAAAUGGAAGGUAUUUUGAAUGAAAUGGCUCGAGAUGGUGUCGGAUAUAAUGUUAUGACAUAUAAUACUUUGAUGGAAAUUUAUCUUGAGAAAGGAGAAGGUGAAAAAGUUCUUGAUAUGUUUGAGGAAAUCCGUAGAAAUGGUCUUACCCCGUCUCCGAUGUCGUAUUCUCAGGCCGUGCAGGCGUAUCGCAAAAUGGAAGAUGGUAAUGGAGCUUUGAGUUUCUUUGUUGAGUUUAGAGAAAAAUAUCGACGAGGUGAAAUAGGAAGAGAAGAUGACGCUGAAAAUUGGGAGAGAGAAUUCAAAAAGAUUGAGAGGUUUACGGUACGUGUUUGCUAUCAGAUAAUGCGAUGUUGGCUUGUAAGUUCUGAGAACAGGAGCAGUAAUGUGUUAAAGUUUCUUGUUAGUAUGGAUAAUGCUGGGAUUCCACUGACGCGCGUGGAACUUGAGCGGCUCGUGUGGGCUUGUACUCGCGAAGAACACUACAUUGUUGUGAAAGAGCUGUAUAUUCGGAUAAGAGAACGGUAUGAUAAGAUCAGUUUGUCGGUCUGCAACCAUACAAUUUGGUUGAUGGGGAAAACCAAGAAAUGGUGGGCAGCUUUGGAGGUUUAUGAAGAUUUAUUGGACAAAGGGCCAAAGCCGAAUAACUUGUCAUACGAACUCAUAAUGUCUCAUUUCAAAUUUCUUCUUAGUGCAGCCCAGAGAAGGGGUUUUUGGAAAUGGGGUGUCAAGUUGUUAAACAAGAUGGAAGAAAAAGGCUUGAAACCUAGAAGUAAUGAAUGGAAUGCAGUUCUUAUCGCCUGUUCGAGGGCUUCAGAAACGUCGGAAGCUGUGCAAAUAUUUAAAAGAAUGGUGGAAAGUGGCCAAAAACCAACUAAAAUUACAUAUGGGGCUUUAUUGAGUGCACUUGAAAAGGGAAAACUUUACGAUGAAGCCUUCCGCGUAUGGGACCAUAUGCUCAAGGUUGGUGUUGAACCAAAUGUGUAUGUCUACACAAUCAUGGCUUCAAUUUACACCGCACAAGGAAAUUUUAGCAGAGUGGAUGCCAUAAUUCAGGAGAUGGUAACGUUAGGAAUUGAAGUAACGAUAGUGACGUACAAUGCUAUAAUCAGCAGUUCUGUACGGAAUAGUAUGAGUAGUGCAGCAUAUGAAUGGUUUCAUCGAAUGAAAGUUCAGAACAUCACUCCCAAUGAGGUAACUUAUGAAAUGCUGAUUGAAGCCCUUGCAAACGACGGAAAGCCAAUGGUUGCGUAUGAGUUAUAUUUGAGAGCUCAGAGUGAAGGCCUUGGUCUAUCAUUAAAAGCUUAUGAUGCUGUGUUGCAAUCCGCUAAAGCUCAUGGUGCUACCAUUAACAUAGGUCUUUUAGGACCUCCUCCUGCAGAUAAAAAGACCAGAGUGAAUGGCGGAAAAAACGUACAAUCUGUCUCAUGUUCCCAGAAGAAAUAA